AUGUUUGGAGAACAUGUAUGCCAGGUUUGUAUAGAGUAUGCAAAUCAUCAAGAAACAUUAGAUCAGUCUUUCCUUUUAACUUUCUUCAAAUCUUACUCUGCAAAUGACACUUCCAAUUUUGGUAAGCUAUUAAUGCCUCAUGAUGAGUUUUAUAAUUAUGUAAUUGAAUUAGAAGAUAUUAUUGUUGAGAACUUUCCUUCUAUUGAACUAAUGAUAACAUCGGGUCCACAAUGA